UGCUAUAAGUUGCCCUGGCUGGCAUGAAGGACAGCUUUUUAACUAAAAUGUAGCGGAUAAGAUGCUUUUAGGAAGAUACCUUGAAACAGAGUUGACGAAACAUCCAAGCGAAAAACAGUUGUAGUAUUAGCCCACAUGGCAUAUGAGGCGACAAUUCAUGGGCGCCGCCUACGAAACUGGAGUCAACGAUUCUCCAUUUCCGAAGCUCCAAAAAUCAGGCGUCUCGGGGAUACCGUUCGUCCACCACACCACCUGAUACGCCGCCGUUCCGACCGAUGAAUCUCAAACUUCACUUUCUCACCGGGGUUUCCCUCCUCCUGCUCGCACUCGGGUCGACCCGGGUCAGGAUCGUUACCGCACACGAGGAGUCCGGCGAGUGGCACUGCGACUCGGAUGUGGAGGAGUCCCGAAUCGUGGCCGAUUUCCGGCCUGGACUCGUCACCCUCGACGGCCACGCUGAUGACUGGGCGGAUAUUGACGGGUUCGAGUUCCCUCUCCUUCCCGCUCUCGACCCGGAUAAUGACCAUCAGUUCGGUGGUGGAAAAAUGACCGUCAAAGCUUUGCACGAUGGGAAAGAUGUAUACUUCAUGCUGCAAGUAGAUGGGGACUAUGCUUACACGAAAGGAGAUGAUUACAAGUGCCCAUCUGUAGCAUUGAUGUACCAAGUUGGUGAGAGUGCCACAUAUCAUAAUAUGGGUGGAUGUAAAGAAUCACCUAAUUCAUGCAACGAUAAAAGUUGUCGGGGCUUUGAAGUUGAUAUCAUGCACUUCUCCAUUGGAAAUGCUAUUCCCGGCAGACUUUAUGGUGGAAAUCCAAUUGAUAAUAGAGAUGGUAAUGGAGAUGACAGAUUUGGUCAUUUGGUUGAUUUGUAUGCUUGGAAUCCACACUGUUUAAACCUUGACGGUGUUAGUCGCACAGGAAAUGAUUCUACUGCUCAGAAUGACUGGAAAGGUGCAUGGUGGCACAGUAGUUUCUCAGUGCAUUCAGGGUUUUCUGAGGGAGACAGCCCAUAUGGAUCAUCCGGUAAGAAGGGCAGUUACUAUUUUGAAUUUGCAAGGCCUCUGAGAACAAUGGAUCGUCUUCAACAGGAUGUGCAGUUCACAAUCGGGCAAUCGAGCAAGUUCUCCGCUGCAUUUUGGUAUCCAGUGGAUGGAAAUGCAUGGCAUGGAUCAGGACAUUAUACAAUUAGUUGUGAUUGGGCAGGUUUAGAUGUAGCCCCAGGCUCUUCUCGUGUGGUGGCUUCAGCUUCAGAUAGCUACUGGGAUGUUUCUAGUGCCUUCGCUUUCCUCAUAUCACUCCUCGCCUUAGGCAUUUCAGUAUUUGUUGCUUACUGGGUUCACAACAAAAAUACCAUCCCCUUUACACCGAUGGAUCCUCUUUAAUUACAUUACAUUUUUCAGAGACGAAACAUGCGGGUAUUCUUUCUAUCUUUAUAGAACCAACCAGUUCCUAUAUUUAAAUUAAAACACUU